UUUUCAAGCCAGAAACACAUACACACACAAAAUGGGAAAUGAAACAUCGCUACCUAUGGAAAUGUGCUCGAAUUUCGAUGCAGAUGAGAUUCGUCGUUUGGGCAAACGUUUCCGCAAAUUGGAUUUGGACAAUUCGGGCGCACUGAGCGUGGAUGAGUUCAUGUCGCUGCCGGAACUGCAACAGAAUCCGCUCGUGCAGCGCGUCAUUGACAUUUUCGAUGCGGAUGGCAAUGGUGAGGUGGACUUCAAGGAGUUCAUCCAAGGCGUAUCCCAGUUCAGCGUGAAGGGCGAUAAAUUGUCGAAGCUGCGCUUCGCCUUUCGCAUCUAUGACAUGGACAACGAUGGCUAUAUAUCGAAUGGUGAACUGUUUCAGGUACUCAAAAUGAUGGUUGGCAACAAUUUGAAAGACACGCAACUGCAGCAGAUUGUGGACAAGACAAUCGGCUUUGCGGACAAGGAUGAGGAUGGCAAGAUAUCGUUCGAUGAAUUCUGUUCGGUUGUGGGCAAUACGGAUAUACACAAGAAGAUGGUUGUAGACGUUUAAGAGUGCGGCAGGAGCAGGCGAAUGAGAAUCAGAGGCAAAGAUGCAGCUGAAGCUGAAUGCUGAAUGCGUUUAGGUUUACCUUUUACCUUGAUAUGCAUAUAUUUUAUAUAUAUAUAUGAAUACCUUUUUC